UUGGCUCAACACCUAUCGACUCUCCAGCAAUCGACACUUCUAUCACUGUCCUGUUGCAAGAGGUUGACUUCAUCAGAAACGACAACAGUGUGAAUAUGACUGACAUAGCCACAGAUGACAGCAAAUACCUCUUCCUUGAAAAUGAUGUUCGCAGCAGCGGUCUCGCUCAAGCGGAUUGGGCAGCCAAGAAGAUGGCGUGGGUGCCAUCGGAGAGGGAGGGCUUCGAGCAGGCCAGCAUCAAGGAGGAGCAGGGUGACGAGGUAGUGGUGCAGCUGUCCAAUGGUCAGAAAGUGAAGGUCAACAAGGAUGACAUCCAGAAGAUGAACCCACCCAAGUUCAGCAAGGUGGAGGACAUGGCUGCUCUCACCUUCCUCAAUGAAGCUUCUGUCCUGCACAAUCUGCGAGAGAGAUACUACUCCAGCUUAAUCUAUACGUACUCGGGUCUGUUCUGCGUCGUGGUCAACCCCUACAAGAUGCUGCCCAUCUACUCUGAGAAGAUCAUCGACAUGUACAAGGGCAAGAAACGCCAUGAGGUGCCACCGCACAUCUACUCUAUCACAGACAACGCCUACAGGAACAUGAUGCAAGAUCGUGAGGAUCAGUCAAUUCUCUGCACCGGUGAGUCUGGAGCAGGGAAGACAGAAAACACCAAGAAGGUGAUUCAGUACCUGGCUGUCAUUGCCUCCUCACACAAAGGCAAGAAGGACAUCAACCCGCAGCAGGCAGGAUCGCUGGCAUACGGGGAGCUCGAGAAGCAGCUACUCCAAGCCAAUCCCAUCCUGGAAGCUUUUGGCAACGCUAAAACCAUCAAGAAUGACAACUCCUCACGAUUUGAAAGUGGUAAAUUCAUAAAGCUCAACUUUGAUGUGACAGGCUACCUUGUCGGGGCAAACAUUGACACUUACUUGCUGGAGAAGUCUCGCUGUAUUUGUCAGGCCAACACUGAGAGAACCUUUCACAUCUUCUACUACAUGGUGGCAGGAGCCAAAGAUAAGAUGAAGGAGGAGCUGCUGCUGGAAGAAUUCACUAAGUAUUGUUUCCUGAUGGCGGGACACGUAGAGAUCUCUGGGCAGCAAGACGAUGAAAUGUUUGAUGAGACUCUGGAGGCGACGGCCAUCAUGGGCUUCACAGAGGAAGAAAGACUUGGGAUGCUGAAGGUCGUGUCCACUGUGCUCCAGCUGGGUAACAUCAAAUUUGAGAAGGAGAGGAACAGUGAGCAGGCCACCAUGCCGGACAACACAGCCGCCCAGAAGGUCUGCCACCUGCAAGGCAUCAGCGUGACCGACUUCACACGGGCCAUCCUCACCCCACGGAUUAAAGUGGGCAGAGAGGUGGUGCAGAAGGCACAGACCAAGCAGCAGGCUGACUUUGCGGUGGAGGCGCUCUCUAAAGCCAUGUACGAGCGUCUGUUUCGCUGGAUCCUGGCCAGGGUCAACAAGACACUGGACAAGAGUAAGAGACAAUCUGCCUCCUUUCUGGGCAUCCUGGACAUUGCAGGCUUUGAGAUCUUUGAGGACAACUCAUUCGAGCAGCUCUGUAUCAACUACACUAAUGAGCGUCUGCAGCAACUCUUCAACCACACCAUGUUCAUCCUGGAGCAGGAGGAGUACAAGAGGGAGGGAAUCGAGUGGAAUUUCAUUGACUUUGGCCUGGACCUUCAGCCGUGCAUUGAGCUCAUUGAAAGGCUGAACAACCCUCCAGGCAUUCUGGCUCUGCUGGAUGAGGAGUGCUGGUUCCCUAAAGCCACUGAUGUUUCCUUUGUGGAAAAGCUGAUGAACACCCACGCCAGCCAUGGCAAAUUCUCCAAACCAAAGCAGCAUAAAGAUAAGCCCAAGUUCACUGUACUGCACUACGCUGGAAAGGUUGACUAUAACGCAGAUAACUGGCUGACUAAAAACAUGGACCCUUUGAACGACAAUGUGACAGCACUGCUCAACAACUCCUCCAGCACCUUCAUCCAAGACCUGUGGAAAGACGUGGAUUGUGUGGUGGGUCUCGAGAGAAUGGCCAAGAUGUCCGAGAGUUCAGUUCCCAGCUCCACCAAAUCCAAGAAAGGCAUGUUCCGCACAGUGGGUCAGCUUUACAAAGAAUCUCUCAGCAAACUGAUGACCACGUUACACAACACCCAGCCCAACUUUGUGCGCUGCAUUAUUCCCAACCACGAGAAGAGGGCUGGGAAGAUGGACGCCAACCUGGUCUUGGAGCAGUUGAGGUGUAACGGGGUGCUGGAAGGCAUCAGAAUCUGCAGACAGGGAUUCCCCAACCGCAUUGUGUUCCAAGAGUUCAGGCAGCAGUAUGAGAUCCUGGCUGCUAACGUCAUCCCUAAAGGUUUCAUGGACGGGAAACAGGCAUGUUGCCUGAUGGUGAAACAUUUGGAUCUGGACCCUAGCCUGUAUCGCAUUGGUCAGAGUAAGAUGUUCUUCAAGACAGGAGUGUUGGCCCAGCUGGAGGAGGAACGAGACCUCAAACUGACCGUCGUCAUCAUCACCUUCCAAGCACAAGCAAGAGGCUUCCUCGCCCGCAAAGCUUUUGGGAAACAUCAACAGCAGCUGAGUGCCAUGAAAGUAAUCCAGAGGAACUGUGCCUGUUACCUCAAACUGAAGAACUGGCAGUGGUGGAGGCUUUUCACCAAGGUGAAGCCGCUGCUGCAGGUGACCAGGCAGGAAGAAGAAAUGGGUCAGAAAGAGGAGGAGCUACAGGCAGCCAGGGAGGUGGCAGCCAAAAUAGAAGCUGACCUGAAAGACAUUACACGGAAACAUACAAAGUUGAUGGAGGAGCAGGCCCAGCUGGAGAAAAAGCUUCAGGCAGAAACAGAACUGUACACCGAGGCAGAAGAGAUGCGAGUGCGACUGGAAGCCAAGAAACAGGAGCUAGAGGAGGUGCUGCACGAGAUGGAGGCUCGCCUUGAGGAGGAGGAGGAGCGUAACAAUGUCUUGCACCACGAGAAGAAGGACAUGGAGCAGCAGCUCCAGCUUCUGGAGAUGCACCUCUCAGAGCAAGAAGAUGCCCAUCAAAAGCUCCAGCUGCAAAAAGUGGCUGUGGAAGGAAAGGUGAAGAAACUGGAGGAGGACAUUCUGCUCAUGGAGGACCACAAUAACAAACUUCAGAAGGAGCGGAAGCUGUUGGAGGAGAGGAUGGCUGAUAUGAGCUCCAACCUGGCCGAGGAGGAGGAGAAGUCCAAGAACCUGAUCAAACUUAAGAACAAACACGAGUCUAUGAUCUCUGACCUGGAGGUGCGUCUGAAGAAAGAAGAAAAAGGUCGCCAGGACAUGGAAAAGUCCAAGCGGAAGGUGGAGGCGGAGCUGGCUGACAUCCAGGAACAGCUAGCUGACCUGCAGGCACAACUAGCAGAGCUUCGAGCCCAGCUGGCUGCCAAAGAACAGGAGCUCCUCAGCACUCAGGCCUGCUUGGAGGAAGAGAGCAGCCAGCGUGGAGCAGCACUGAAGCGGGUUCGAGAGCUGGAGGUGCUGCUUUCAGGCUUCAGGAGGACUUGGAUGCUGAAAGAGCAGCCAGGGGAAGACCGAAGCCACGCGGCGGGACCUGGGGAGGAGCUUAAUGCCCUACGCUCUGAACUAGAGGACAGUCUGGAUACCACCGCUGCUCAGCAGGAGUACGGUCUGUCAGAUGAGCGGAAGCUGUUGGAGGAGAGGAUGGCUGAUAUGAGCUCCAACCUGGCCGAGGAGGAGGAGAAGUCCAAGAACCUGAUCAAACUUAAGAACAAACACGAGUCUAUGAUCUCUGACCUGGAGGUGCGUCUGAAGAAAGAAGAAAAAGGUCGCCAGGACAUGGAAAAGUCCAAGCGGAAGGUGGAGGCGGAGCUGGCUGACAUCCAGGAACAGCUAGCUGACCUGCAGGCACAACUAGCAGAGCUUCGAGCCCAGCUGGCUGCCAAAGAACAGGAGCUCCUCAGCACUCAGGCCUGCUUGGAGGAAGAGAGCAGCCAGCGUGGAGCAGCACUGAAGCGGGUUCGAGAGCUGGAGGUGCUGCUUUCAGAGCUUCAGGAGGACUUGGAUGCUGAAAGAGCAGCCAGGGGGAAGACCGAAGCCACGCGGCGGGACCUGGGGGAGGAGCUUAAUGCCCUACGCUCUGAACUAGAGGACAGUCUGGAUACCACCGCUGCUCAGCAGGAGUUACGGGCGAAGCGUGAGCAGGAAGUGACCACUAAGAAAGCCAUGGAGGAGGAGGGGAGGAGACAUGAAGGCCAAAUCCAGGAUCUGAGACAGAAACACAGUCAGGCUGUGGAGGAGCUCACUGAGCAGCUGGAGCAGGCCAAGAAGGUGAAGGCUGGUUUGGAAAAAGCCAAACAUGUUCUGGAGAAGGAAAAAUCAGAUCUGAGCGCUGACCUGCGAACCAUCGCUAACGCCAAACAAGAUGUGGAACACAAGAAGAAGAAGGUGGAGGGUCAGCUCGCAGACCUGAACUCACGCUUCAGUGAGAGUGAGCGGCAGAGAGCUGAACUGGGAGAAAAACUCUCCAAGAUGACUGUGGAACUGGACAGUGUGACAGCUGUUGUGAAUGAUGUGGAGGGAAAGAACAUUAAGUUGAGUAAAGAUGUUUCCACUCUGACGUCCCAGCUGAAAGAUGCUCAGGGCCCGCUCUCAGAGGAGACACGGCAGAAGCUGAAUGUAUCAGGACGCCUCCGCCAGAUGGAGGAGGACCGGAACAGCCUGAUGGAGCAGCUUGAGGAGGAGAGUGAGCUCAAACAGGCUGUGGAGAGGCAGGUCUCCAGUCUCAACAUGCAGCUGUCUGACUACAAGAAGAAGCUGGAUGAGCUGCUGGGGAUGGUGGAGCAGCUAGAGGAGGGAAAGAAGUGUUUGCAGCGUGAUCUGGAAGCCUCCAUCGGUGAGUACGAGGAGAAAGCCUCAGCCUAUGACAAGCUGGAGAAAAGCCGCAGCCGGUUGCAACAGGAGCUGGAGGAUGUCCUCAUGGACCUGGAAAGCCAGAAGCAGCUGGUCUCUAACCUCGAGAAGAAGCAGAAGAAGUUCGAUCAGAUGCUCGCUGAGGAGCGCUCAGUCUCCUGUAAGUUUGCGGAGGACCGUGAUCGAGCUGAGGCAGAGGUGCGGGACAGGGAGACGCAAGUGUUAGCUAUGAGCAGAGUGCUGGAGGAGAAACAGGAGGCUCUGGAGGAUGCUGAGAAGAUCAUUAAAGCCUUUAGAGCUGAGAUGGAAGACCUCGUCAGCUCCAAGGAUGACGUGGGAAAGAAUGUCCAUGACCUGGAGAAGGCAAAGCGUGCUCUGGAGGCCAUUGUGGAAGACAUGAGGGUUCAGAUGGAGGAGCUGGAGGAUGAGCUGCAGGUUGCUGAGGACGCUAAGCUGCGUCUGGAAGUCAACAGUCAGGCUCUGAAAGCUCAGCAUGAGCGGGAGCUGCAGGCUCGUGACGACGCGGGUGAGGAGAAGAGGAAGCCGCUGCUCAAACAGGUGCGUGAGUUGGAGGCGGAGCUGGAGGAGGAGAGGAAGCAGCGAGGCCAAGCGUCAGCCGGGAAGAAAAAGCUGGAAGGGGAGGUGAAAGACCUGGAGGACCAAGUGGAGGCCACCAGCAGGGGGCGGGAGGAGGCACUCAAGCAACUUCGCAAGCUGCAGAGUGAGCUGGGCGCUGACAUCGGCCCGGACCAAGCCCUCUGCAUUGAACGUGUUCACUGUGCACUAGGACCGAGACCACCUGCAAGCGCACCUCCACGCUCAAUAAUAGUCCGCUUCCUCCGGUUUUCCGAUAAAGAAAAGAUUCUACACGCUGCUUGCAAAAAAGGGGUAAAGGUCCAAAACAAGCAGGUUUAUUUUGACCAUGACUACGCGCUGGAAGUGCAGAAAAAGAGACGAAUAUAUCCUGUCAAGAAAGCCCUGAAAGAGAGUGGAAUUCGCUUUCAGACACCGCUAAGUAAGAUGCGAGUGCAUUACGCAUCAGGCAGUGUGCUCUACAACAACGUGACUCAGGCCGCGAAGGAUCUGCGAAAGCGGGGAAUAGCGGUAGACAAGAUCAUCACGGGAGCCCGGACCAAUAAGAUCACAGGAGAGACGCUAACAGAGCUACUACCGUGGAGAUACAAGAAGAACCUCGCAAGGACGACUUUCAACAACACGGGGACUAGGCAGGGCUGCCCCCUCUCCCCUUUACUUUUUGCCCUGGCAGUAGAGCCGCUAGAGGAGGCGGUGAGAGCCCGGAAGGACAUCCACGGCCUGAGUCUAGGACAAAGACAGCACAAAAUCACUUUACAUGCUGAUGACGUUCUGGUUGUAUUGACCCAACCUGAAAUAUCUGUGCCCUCACUCAUCAAGACAAUUAACAAAUUCAGCGACAUCUCCGCUUCAUUCUUCCUCCACCUUCUUCUGUUGAGGUCCCUGCUGGCUGAUGAAAAGCAUCAUCUGGAGACUAAAGUCAGGCAGCUGGAGGAGGAGCUUGAGGAGGAGCAGGCAAGCAUGGAGACCCUCAAUAACCAGCUGAGAAAGACCCAACAACUGGCAGAGCAACUAGGUGUCGAACUGGCAACAGAGCGGUCCUCGUCACAGAGCAGGGAGGGAUCCUGUCAACAGCUGGAGAGACAAAACCGUGAGCUGAAGGCCAAACUACAGGACCUGGAGGGACAGAGCCGCUCCAAGCUCAAAGCCAGUAUCGCUGCCCUGGAGGCCAAGCUAAAGGAGGUAGAAGAACAGCUCGAGAUUGAGAGCAGAGAACGUCAGGUCAUUGCCAAAAAUAUGCGUCAGAAAGAGAAGAAAAUGAAGGACUUAAGCAUCCAGGUGGAGGAUGAGAGGAAGCAGGCCCAACAGUACAAAGAGCAGGCUGAGAAGGCCGGCGUGAAGGUGAAGCAGCUGAAGCAUCAGCUGGAGGAGGCGGAAGAUGAGGUGCAGCGCGUGGCGGCAGCACGCAGGAAACUGCAGAGGGAGCUGGAGGAGGCCACCGAGGCCAACGACGCCCUCAGCAGGGAGGUGACAUCACUCAGGAGCAAACUGAGGCGUGGUGGGGAGGUGACCUUUGGCAGUCCGAGUCCUCGUGCUGGUGGCAGCAGCAGCAGCAUCAGGAGAGUGGGACUCGGUGGCAGCAUUAACAGAAGGAGCACCAUCAAGGAGAAUUCAGUGGAGUUCCAGGAGGAGCCUCCUUCCUCUUCUCCUCCUGCCUGCACCCCACCACCACAGUCCUGCCGGGACACCUGCUUCCCCAAUGACUAAAGGGUCAACACACAAAUCCAGAUGUG